GUCUUUUAUAACCGAGACAAGGAAGUCGCAUCCGUCACAACCGGAAGUAGGUGUUAUGCAAAGAUGGCGGCGUUGAUGGUUUCACGCCUUCCCGCCCUUGGCUCCUUUAAUAUAAGGGCCAUUUCAUCUUUUGCUGCUCAUAAAAAAGUUCCACUGACAGACACAAAGGAUGAAAGCUCCACAAGCCUUGUCCCAUUCAGAGAGAAAAGCACAGCAUUAGCACCAAAACCAGCCUCAUCGCUCAGCAGCAAGGGUGAAUACAUAGUUACCAAGCUGGAUGAUCUGGUCAACUGGGCGCGCAGGAGCUCCUUGUGGCCCAUGACCUUUGGCCUGGCUUGUUGUGCUGUGGAGAUGAUGCACAUGGCCGCUCCACGUUAUGACAUGGAUCGAUUUGGUGUUGUAUUUAGAGCCAGCCCUAGGCAGUCUGAUGUCAUGAUCGUCGCCGGAACAUUAACCAAUAAAAUGGCCCCUGCUUUACGAAAGGUAUAUGAUCAGAUGCCUGAGCCCAGAUACGUCGUUUCAAUGGGAAGCUGUGCUAAUGGUGGAGGCUACUAUCAUUACUCUUAUUCGGUGGUGCGGGGCUGUGAUCGUAUCGUGCCAGUGGACAUCUACGUCCCAGGUUGCCCUCCAACUGCUGAGGCCCUGCUUUAUGGAAUACUGCAGUUACAGAGGAAGAUCAAACGAGAGAAGAAAAUGCAAAUUUGGUAUCGCAAGUGAGAAGUGAUUGUGUGUGUCUGUUAAAAUGUUUAUUUAAGUCUGGUCACUUGUUGGGCUAAGAAAAUGUAUUUCUCAGGAGCUUCUCUAGAUUGAACCCUCCUUGAGCUCCUCUUCUUUGUAUCCACAAUAAAGUACUUUAUAAAUGCUGA